UUUAUAUUGCGCGAAUUUAUUAAAUCGUUUAAUUUCGCGAACUACCGUGACGUGCUAAAACAGCAGAUCAGACGGAGAAAGUUUCGCGAGCAUAUAUAAACUCGGUUGUAGGUGGCAGCACAGUCAGAAAGUUAUAUUUCCUGUGUGCGAGAAGUUCAAAUGAUGGAUUAACAGCUGAGACCCACAAAACAUUACGAAACUAUUGUGUGUUUUACUUGUACUUGAUAAAAUAAACAUGGAUGGCAGCACUUUCUCGGCCUCUAAAAAUAAUCCAAGUGGGCUUUCUGCAGCAGAGUUUCAAAGGAAUCUUUAUACCUGGUUUGUAAAUCGAGGUCUCGUGGAUGAAUCACGAGCACAUCUCCGGCAGCAGAUGGUUACAGCACUAAGGGGCACAUCUCUGCGUCCCAGUCCUUCCAGACACAUAAAAUCAAACAUGACACCAAAAAUUCAAGCCAUCAACUUAUUGGUAGCUGAAUUCUUACUACAACAGGAUCACCAUUUUACAUUAUCUGUUUUUACAAGUGAAAUCCCGCUGCUACGAAGUAUGCCAGAAUUUGCAGUAUCCGGAUCUCACGUUUCUACUCAAAGUAAUACAGCUGGUGAACGUAUGCCUCGAUUCCAACAUCAGGAUGUUAAGGACAUAAUGGAGAUUUUGGGGUUGUCUAUAGAUACAGACGUGGGUAACAGAAUCUACUGUCAAUAUCAAGAUAAUUCAGAAAAUACAGCAUUGCUUACAAGUAUUCUUCAGAAUGCCCCACUUGUCUUAGAUGACAGAUCUCACACUGGGAAAAAGAACAUGUUCUCAAGUACCACUCAAGAUAGAAAGAGUAAUAAGAAAUUUAAAGAUGCAGGAAAUUCAAACAAAGAAAGUUCUACAAAGCAGUUGGCAGAAGUGUACAAUGCAGAGAUUCAAGAAGUUUUAUAUCAAUCACACCUAAAAUCUCUACACAUCAAACAGUUGCAGGAGGAAUUACGAAGAUUUCAGGAGUGUGAGGUUGAAAGGAUACGGAAAGAAGAGGAGGCCAGAUAUAAGAAAGAGUUAAUGGAGAGGGAGUCUCAGAUUCAAGCGGAUAUAUGUCGCCGCGAGGAGGAGAUCAAGCGAAAGCUCAGUGAUGCUGAGGAGAGACUGGCAAGGCAGCAUCAGAGUCUCGAUGGCGAUUUACAGAAGAAACAGAGAGAACUUUCGGAACUGACUACGCGGCUCCGCGAACAGCGCUUGGAGGUCGGCCGUAAGCUACGACAAGCAGAGGGACAUGCUGAAGAGCUGAAGCGUCAGAAGGAAAUGAUGGAUGAAACAAAACAGAAAGAAGAACUCCUUUUGGUAGAAAGAACAAGCGAGUUAAAUGUACGACAGGAGCAGCUACACCAAGAAUUUGAACGAUUAACCGCUCAAAGGGAAACCAUGAGUUACAUGCAACGUGAACUAGAGGAGAAUCGCUUGCAGCUCGUAGAAGCAUCGCGCUCGCAGGCAUUGUUUGUACGUGACCUCCAGCAACAGUGUGCGCACCUGCGUCUUGAACUGGAUGCCGCUCACCUCAGGCUGAACAGUUUGACAGAACUGCAGUCACAGAAGUCAUCACACUCUGAGGUCUCUCAUAAUCAUCUUUCAGUGGAAAAAGUUGAUAAAGGUCUGCAGACAGCAUUGCCUCUGCAUGGGGAUAACUUAGCAACAGCGGCGCCAGAGAAACUUCCAGCUCGGGACAGGGCGUUGGAGCUAGAGGGUGCCGAGUCUCAGCUUGAGGAACGUCAGUACCUGACGGAUCUGUUGCACCAGGUACAGCAGGAAAAUCAGGAUCUGCGGGGACACAUACAACAGCAGCGCCUCCGUAUUGACGAGCUCACCAGCCAUGCUGUCCAGCUGGCAAGUCAACUAGAAGAUGCUCACACAACCAUAACUCUCUUUUCAAACCGCCUGACUCCUGAGCCUUCGUUCCUACGUCCAGGUCUUGGUACCAUUACUGUGUCACCUCUCACAGCUCCCACUCCACCUCCACCACCUCUGCUGUCACCUCACAACCCUCAUGUCUUGAGAGCAAUGAAUUCCCAACAGAUGGGUGCAGGGGAGGAACUAAGUUAUGUAUCUCCACCAGCAUCACAACCAUCUCUUGCAUCUACAUCACGACUCUCAAGCCUUCACCAUCGCAGAGAGUUUCACAAGAAGCCUCCACGUCGCCUCAUGGUAUAUGGCAACGCAACUAGCUCAGAUGAAACAAGUCCCACUGAAGAAAUUAUUAAAGAAGCUAGACGCCGAAUUCGUAGACUUGAAGAGGAAAGCGAGGCGGUUGAUCGUAGUUAUCAAGAUUUCCAAAGGAGACACACUGAAACCCUGGCCAAGACCGCAUCUGUUUUCUCCCACCCUAUUACUUGGUCCACUCAAUUCCAGCAACAAAAUAAUAUCUUGGGUUACAGGCGGUUCACACCAAGCCAACCUAUAUAUUCACCUGCGGUGGGAGGUGGCCAGAAUAUACAGAUUCCAUUCAUUUCUAGAAAUAUCAAUUCUGAUAAUUCACCUGUACUUACUCAACAUACUGGAACAUUGUUUAAUCCUGUUUUUUCUCAUAACACUUCGACAUUUAUUUCUCCGUUAUUCAGAACUGAAGGAACACGACCACUUCAGCACACGGGUCGAUCUCAGAAUAAGUUUGCUUAUCCUCAACUAUCACAAACUCAUGAAACUGUCGAUAAUACUGCCACAAAUAUCUCAGAUAGAAUCAUGACACGGUCUCAGUCAUGUGAAUUUACUGCAGAUUCUCAACCAUCGACAAGCACUGACGUUCAGAGCAGGGGAGUACUUCGGCAAAAGGAUAAAGCAGAUCUCGCGAGGAACAAGGAAGUCAGGAGGAACAGUUUAUCACAUACCAAAUUACUAGAUACAUACAGUUCUGUGUCUGUCGGUCCGCAUCUUCACAAAAAGAAUCGAGCAAAGAACGUAUCAUUUGGCAACUGUCCGAAGACCACCACCGUUUAUAAUAGCCCCCGGGUUUCUCCUUCAGCGCUGAGUGCAGUGAAUCAAAAGACUUCUCAGAAAGAGUUGGACGAUGGAGCAAUUAGUGCUGUUUGCUUGAAGUCGGCUGAACAUCCUGCAGCAUCUGGGAUAAUCGGUAAAAUAUCUUCAACUACGCCUCUGUCUAAUACUCGAGGCUCUUCCAGAAGUGACAGUUUUGGCGAAGACCUUAUAAUUAAAGAAACUGAGAAACUACCUUUAUGUAUAUUGGAUUCUUCAAGAAGCAAUAUACAGGGUGAUGAUGGGAUUUCUUUACAGUUUCAGAGAGAAAAUUCUUGUAGAGAUAUACAUGAUUACAAUGGAAGACACAAUGUCACAAGUAGACUAUCUGAUGACAACAUUUGGAAAUUACAACACAAAUCAUCUUUGUGUAAUUUACCUUCCGUUGAACCUGAGCUUAUUCUAAAAGAGACCAAAUGUUCUGAUAAAAAUGUAACGGAUAAAACUUAUUUGAAUGACACUCCUGUAAGUGACGUGUCAAAAUCUGACGACUCCGUUCCACGUGCCUUAUAUAGCAGUCGUGAGUCAGAGUCUGUUGUGUCGAGCAGAGUCACUAUAACUACUGAAAGAUCAAGCGAUGAAACUGAUCUGCGGCAAAUUCUGUCUGUGUCUGAUGUUUCUAGUACUGUUCCUAGCGAUAAAGAUACUGGCGUCAAAGAUGAGUCUAACAACGAGAUGUCUUCUACUCCAGCUAUCGACUUGGGUAAUGAAAAAAUCUCAAAUAAAGAUAUAAUCAAUUCCAGUGUUGGUAUUAUUCCAAUACAGGAGGAAAAUGUAGUAUCAGAAAUAUCAGGUACUCAAGAGACUGCGCAAAAUAAAGAAAUAACGACUGUGAAGAACUCAAAUAUGGUAAUGCCACGCAAUUGGGAUAUCAAGGAAAAUGUAGCUGGAGUAACUGAACAGGCUUUGGUAUGUGUAGAAAGUAAAGGUGGAAGUCAGUCAUCAUUGAUUGUACCAGAGGGAAUGGAUGACGGCAGACACGUCACCAGAAUAAUUAACCAGGAGGAGAGACAGGACCAGGUUGAGGAAACACAGACCAAAUUUGAAGGAAAAGAGCUUUCAGAGUAUGUUACAGAAAGGAGUCAAUCACAUGACGAUUUUGCAAGAUCAUCUGAAGAAUCAGACAAAGAUCAGAAAUGCGCCUUGUCCAUUAAAGCAUCGAGGGAUGAUACUGCAGAAUCCGUUGCAAAUGACAGUGACGAGGCAAUAUCAGUUGGGGAGGAGAGUAAGAGGGAUUCGUCAAAUAAAGAUGAUUUCUGGUGACAUGAAAUGAAUUUGUAUAUUUGUAUAUUUUCUCUGUAUAUUUGAUCUCAAUGUAAUAUCUAGUCAAAAGAUAUUGAAAACUACUUGCAUAAAUGGUUAUUUUCUGCGAAUUAAAAAUUAUUUGUUACUCCAACUCUAUUUUAUUUCUGAAAGACAGUAUUAAAGUAUUUUCAUAAGAAAA